AUGAGCGACCCGACCUCCCACUCCCAGACCACCGAGCCGCUCUCACAACACCCGCUCUCCUCCUCGUCCACUCCAGCGUCGCUCGCAACCCCGAACCCCAUCCCUCAAAUGUCCUCCCCGGCACCAAUACUCCGUCCCGCCAUUCCCGGCACCAGGAGCGGUGGAGGACGGCCGCCCAGGCUGGGUCUCGCUAUCCCCCCCUCGCCAAACGUCAAGCCCGUUGGCAACCAGCCUGGGCAGCAAGCUGCUCCACGGCCGCCACUCCCGACACUACAUCUAGCUACCCCUAUGGGCAGCCAAAUAACACCCUAUGAACAACCUCCCAGAUCCCAAGGCACGCAGCCAGGCCACUCGGCAGAUGGUGGAAGCGAGAGCAGCGCAGCCCACUCGAGGUCGGGGAGCUUCGGGCCUCUUGAUGGCAGGGCCAGCAAUCCGACAUCGGCUGGCUCCCAGUACUCGGCGCUGUCGUUCGCGUCGCAGUACGGCAUCCCGGUGACGAGGGCACAAGGGACUCCUGAUCCUGUAUCCGCGGUGGGGUCAAUGUACUCGGAGAGAAGUGAAGGCGGCGUGGCCAUGGAGCGGGACGGCAGUCUUCAGGGGUUGGAGGCUUUCGACCAGCUGAGCCUCGACAGGGCCAGAAACGCAGACGUUGAGGAGCUUGACGAUGAAGGGUGGAGGAUUGCGAGCAUGGAGAAGCGCAUCGUCGAGUUGGGCAACUUGGGCGAGGGUGCUGGCGGCGCCGUCACCAAGUGCAUGCUCAACGGCGGCAAGACUGUCUUCGCCUUAAAGGUCAUUACUACGAACCCCGACCCAGACGUCAAAAAGCAAAUUGUUCGAGAGCUCGGCUUCAACAAGGAGUGUGCCUCGGAACACAUCUGUCGCUACUACGGAGCCUUUGUCGAUCCAUCAACAGCCACCAUAUCUAUCGCCAUGGAGUUUUGUGAGGGCGGCUCCUUGGACAGCAUCUACAAGGAAGUCAAGCGACUGGGCGGUCGCACGGGCGAAAAGGUCUUGGGCAAGAUUGCCGAGGGCGUGCUGAGCGGGCUGACCUACCUCCACACGCGCCGGAUCAUCCACAGAGACAUCAAGCCUUCCAACAUCUUGCUCUGCCGGGACGGAGCCGUCAAGCUGUGCGAUUUUGGCGUAUCGGGCGACUUUGGUACGAAGGGCGAGGCGAACACGUUUAUCGGCACGAGCUAUUACAUGGCUCCCGAGCGCAUCACCGGCCAGUCGUACACCAUCACAUCCGAUGUCUGGUCUACAGGCGUCACGCUGCUCGAGGUCGCGCAGCAUCGUUUCCCCUUCCCGGCUGAUGGAACGGAAAUGCAGCCUCGUGCCGGACUCAUCGACUUGCUGACGUAUAUUGUGCGUCAGCCGGUACCGAAGCUGAAGGAUGAGCCCGACAUGGAUGUGUACUGGAGCGACAACUUCAAAUACUUUAUCGAGUGCUGCUUGGAGAAGCAGCCUAACCGCAGGGCAAGCCCGUGGAAAAUGAUGGAGCAUCCCUGGAUGGUGGACAUGCGGGCCAAGCGGGUCAACAUGGUCAAAUACCUGUCAUUCGUAUGGGGUUGGGACGAGACGCCUGCCGGCAUGUGA